AUUCGCGCCCCGGAAAUGAUAGGGACAGACAUUCUGUUGCUUGUUACGGAGCGCCAACUUUUACUUCUUCGUUUGAGUGAAUCCAAUUCAGUUGGUUUACUAGCAACCCUUGAGAGCCCAUUUUCAAUCAAAACGGCUUCUGUAGUUAUGCAGACUGUUAGCAGGCAAAUUUGGACUGGUCAUUCGGAAGGCCGUAUAUCCAUUCAUCAUCUUAGUCAAGAAGACAAGUUCUCGUUUUCUUCUUCGUUGUAUUUGCCAGAUGAUAACGUGAUUGUAAAAGAUAUAGUGGCCAGUAGAGAUGGGAAUAAUGUAUGGGUCACCUAUGAAGGAGGAUCUCGCGUAUUUUGUUAUGAUGUUGAAAGACGUCAGAUCUGUUCGUCACUUGAUAUUCGAAAGGUUAUGCCGGGUGGGUUCUAAUA